AGCGUCGGACUGUCAACAACAAAGAUGUCGCCGGUGUCCGCUUCGAUAACCGGUGUUGGACGUUAGUGACGGAAGCUGAGAGCUUCUGUCGGCCGUAAAGAAGGUAAAUAACAUCAGUUUCCCGCGCUCACACUCUGCCUCUGUGUAGUCCGACGGCCCCGCGGCGGGAACCGGCCUCACUUUGAACAGCCGGAUCAGUUUUAUUCGUUAAAGUUAAAGUAUUAAACUCUUUAACGGGACUGUUAACCUACUUCCACUGCGUCACUCAUCGACGUCACUGUCACUGACAUCGAUCCCGCCGCGGGCUUUUUCUGUUGCCACAGCAACGAGCUUCAGUAUGUGAAGGGCAUCAGAUGAGGUCAACCGUCCAGUUCGGAUACGUUCACCGAACUCCCUCCACAAACCGGGAGGUUUUACGUUUUUCCCGCCGUCGCUCUGAUCAAUAAAAACAUUUCUUAAAGCAGGAAUCCAGUUUAUGAUCGAUAAGGAGCUCCUCUUCAAUUCGGCAUCAGAUCACCAGAGCUGCUGGAGGCCGAACCCCCCCCACCCCCACCCGAGCUGCAGUCAUGGUGCUGAAGGUCUUCUUCCCGCAGUGCUGUAACCGGGCGGACAGCGGACUGAUGGUCGGCCGCUGGAUCUCCGGCCACGACUCUGCCGUUGUGCUGGCGGUCAUCCACUACCCGUUCAUCCCCGGGCAGGUCAAACAGUACAUCCAGCAGAUGCAGGCCCAGAGCGGGGUGGAGCUGUCGGUGCUGGGCUCGUGGAGUUUACCCAAAGAGGGCCAGGAGGGCAUGGAGAGCUUCCUCAGGGACCUCAGCACCAUCUUCCCCCAGGAACGCUGGCUCCAGAUCAACCGCGAGAUCGGCAAGACGGGCUUCACCUGCCAGAUCCUCGACCGGGAUCAGAAUGGGCGAGCAGUUCAACGGGAGAGUAAGAAGAAGACUGAGAAGGCCGAUAAAGCCAAUGGAGAGGCUGGAGGCGACAAAGAGGAGGAGGAGGAAGAAGAGGAGGAGAAGGUGAUCUUCGUCCACUACGAGCAGAGGAAGGUGAUGCAGUCGCAGCUUCACCCUGUCGAAAACGGAGUUUCUGACCCUAAAACUGAUCCGCCAUCUGAGCUGAGACAGGUGUUCCAGACGGUGGCCCGCAGCCAGCCUCUGUUCUUCCUGGACCGAUACGACGACGGGCCGCUGAAGUCGACUCACUGGCAGACGGAAGGGCGCGAGGCGAGCAUCAUCGUGGAGCUGCUCAAACAGGCGUCGGUGCCGCUCUGCCUGCUCAUCGGCUGGCUGCUCUCCAUAUGGACCUGGAUCUGUGGCAUCCGGCUCUUCAGUCUUUACCCGCUGCGCUUCCUGUCCAGUAAGCUGUCCACCUGCGUUCAGCUCAGCUACAGAACCGAACACAUGAGGACGCUCAGCUCGAUGAAACCGGCCGUCGGACACACGCAGUUUAUGAGGAAAGCCAACAUCUUGGUGUCGUUCCUGGUGGACGUGGCUCUGGGCAUGUUGCUCAUCUGGUGGCUCUACAGAGACAACCACAUCACCAUGUUGGCCAACACACUGGUGCCUGCAGCUGAUCAUGUGGCCAAAGAGCUGGAGCAGCUGCUGCAGUGGCUGAUGGGAGCUCCUGCGGGGCUGAAGAUGAACCGGGCCCUGGACCAGGUUCUGGGCCGCUUCUUCCUCUACCACAUUCACCUCUGGAUCAGCUACAUCCACCUGAUGUCCCCCUUCAUCGAGGGGAUCCUGUGGUACGGAGGCCUGUCAGCCUGCCUGGGCCUGACCUUUGCCCUGUCGCUGCUCUCCGACAUGGUCGCCCUGCUCACCUUCCACAUCUACUGUUUCUACGUCUACGGAGCCAGGCUGUACUGUCUGAAGAUCUACGGCCUCUCGUCUCUCUGGAGGCUGUUCAGAGGGAAGAAGUGGAACGUGCUGCGGCAGAGGGUGGACUCCUGCUCAUAUGACGUGGACCAGCUCUUCAUAGGAACGCUGCUGUUCACCAUCCUGCUGUUCCUGCUGCCCACCACGGCUCUCUACUACCUGGUCUUCACCCUGUUGCGGCUGGUGGUGGUGCUGUUCCAGGGCGUCCUCCACCUCAGUGUGGACUUCAUUAACUCCUUCCCUCUGUUCGCGAUGGGCCUCCGCGUCUGUCGCUCCUACAGACUUGCAGAGGGUGUGAAGUUCAGGGUCCUGUGUGAGGAGCCCGGGACGGCCCUACACCUGCUGAUGGAGAUUAACCCCCUGAAGUGCAGCACAGUGGUCCAGACCUACCGCACCCCGACCUACAGCUGUUACCCCAAAGACUCGUGGGCUGCCCUGGUCAAGAAGCUGUUUGUUGGGGAGUUGAUUUACCCCUGGAGGCACAAAACCACCAAGACUGACUGAGAGACACCAGCCAGAAAUAUGGGGAGAGAGAGAGAGGGAGACGGAGAGAGAAAAGGAGAGAUGAGGGAACAGAGGAAAGGGAAGUGUCUGAAUAAAUAAUGAGAUGGAAACAGACAGAUGGGGGUGGGGGAGAUGGGGAAAGGGGGGUGAAUUCGGUACGAGGACCUUUUUAGAGUUAUGCUGCUUUCAUGUUAGACGAAUGAAGAACGUCACGGAGAGCGAGACUGAAGGUGCCACACUUUAUCUGAUCGGUUGCUUUCUGAUCAGAGUUUUAGAGCACAAACGAACAUAAAGACCAGCCAGUAGUCCCGUCCUGCUGUUGUAAGAGCUGUGAUCAUAAGAGGACAUUCAGUUCAGUGUUUUCUUGUGAUGUUGAGGUCAGAAAUUAAAUGAAAUAUGAGAACUCAGACCUCCUCACUGAGGCUGGAAGGUGAGCAUUGAUUUAUAGUGUUUCUCAUAAGGAAACUACACUAAAGGACCAAAACUAUUCUUUCUGUGACCUUGUUUUUCUGUUACAUGUUGGUGAAACCUUCUGUUUGUAUGACCAGCAAACACACACAGAGUUAGUUCAUGUACUGGAGUUCACACACUGGACAUUUGAGCUCUCGGCUCAUUGUGAUCAGCUAUAAAACACUUGUAUUUAUGUUCCACUGACUUAUGGCACACAGCUUCCCACUGUCAUAUACCGAUUCUUAUUGACAUAUCCCACUCCUAAUUCACCAGCAGACACCACUUUUUCCUAGUGAUAUGAUGAGUCAGGGCUGUUUCCAGACUUCUGUGCACAGGAGAGGCACUAUUCCACAGGAAACAAACUGCAUUGGAGUAGCAUAAAGUGUCUGCAAUGGGGGGACUCUUGGGGAGCCAUUUUUAUUCAGAUAUCUUGAGGUCAGAGGUCAAUGGAUCCCUUUUAAAAAUAGGCAUGGCAGACAGCUUCAAGAUAUGCUAGCAUGCUGUGUGUCAUACGCUACCAGUAUCUUCACUCUAGCUUUAAAACGGAGCCCGCUGCAGCCUCCCUUCAGACAGUGUGGUUUGGUAGAGGUAACAUAAAAACGAAGUCACACACAGAGUAUGUCAGUAAGAAUCGGUAUAUGUCGCACAGCCAGCUUCCCUCCUCAGAGCCCGGGGGGUGGGUACAUGUUUGAAACCCCCUGCCUCACUAACAGUUACUUACAAAAGGAAAUAAAAAGACAAGAGAAUAGACUAAAAGAAAAUAUAAUUGCCCAGGCAAUUUCUUUCCUUUUGUAAUUCUCCACGUACAGAGAGUCCUCGCUGCAGCGGUCGAGGGUUCGACUCCAACUUGUGCGCUGUCUCUAAUAUUUCUGAACCUGGGUCAUCACUUCUACUUGUUGCUUAUAGAAGACUCCCCCUUUGGUUUCUCCUCCACAUUUACAGCCACAGUCACACACAGGAGUCCUACACAUUGGAUUGAACUUACUCUCAUUAAUGUCAUGCUAAUCCUGUCGUGUCUCACUUUUCAUGUCUUAUCUCGCAAAGUUUAAAAAAUGGUAGUGGUAUAUGCAGGGAUGGGGAGAGAAGGUCUGAUGCAUUAAAUGUUUUUUUUUUUUUUUCAAUAAAUUGAUGGCCAGAUUCAUUUAUAGCCUAUUUAAUAAUUAUUAACAAACUUUAGUGGCUGAAACUGGUCAAAUAAAAGGCAAAACCUCUUUUCUGCCAUAAAUACCAGAUUUAAAGGGUGCUGCAGCCCUACGCCCACUGGUUAUAUGACAGUGGAAAUACCUCUUAUAAGUGCCAUAAACCAAUAGAACCACAGCAGCAUCUCAAUCCAGACUGUAACGCCACCUCCAGGAUGAAAUGACAGCUUCUUUACACAAGAUAUCCCAUAAUCAAAAAAGUAUAUGUCAUAAAAAAUAGAGCAUCUAAUUAUUAGAAUCGCUAUGUCACCACUAGUACAGUAAUAUUGAACAUCAGAGCUUGUAGAGGGAUUUUGGAAGUCGUGUUAAAGCGAGACGAUAAAGCAGCCGCUGUGAGCACAGCUGAUAAUUAUGGGAUGAUGCUAAAUGCUAAAACAUAGCGUUACAGUAGCACAAGAAAGAACGUGUCAUCAAAUCAGCGGAGUGACUCAGUGUUUGGCGUUGACAUUGCAGACAACCACAUCUCAUAUUUCAAGUUGCGUUUGAGGUUAUUUUUAGUUGUUAUUAUUAAUUAUUGAUAGUUUUUUUGCAACGCUGUCUUUCCCAUUUUUGUCGUGAUAAAUGGGGGCUCGUCCGGGGGGAAAAGGACCCUUAACUCACUCCAUAGCUUCUUUUUAAACCCUGGAUCCACUAACAAAGGGUCAGAAUUCCACUUAUAAAUCAGGUAUUUAUGUAUUAUUAACUGUACUGACCAUGUAGAUAGUUGUAAUGUCUUAGAUUUUAUAUUAUUAAAGUAUUAAAGAAAUUAUACUAACUGGAAAAAAUGAUUUUUUAAAAAUAAUUUCUCUUUAAUAUAAAGGUUUUUUUCAUUGUUAAGAGCAAAAUUAAAUGAAUUAAUCAAUUAAAUUGUUGUUUUAGGUUAAUUUGUUGCCAUAGUUACUCCAUACACUGGAACUAUUGGACUGCAGUUAAGAAGGGUCAGUUUGUCGGCAUUAGUCUUCAUUUAUGUGCCAAUUAAUGUCAUUUUUAAUUAAAUGUCCUUAAAUUCUUAAUAACAAUCAGCCUGAACUAGCUCUCAUUAAAAGAAAGAAUCCAACGGUGAGAUGAUUUCAGACUGUUUCUUUAAUGUGAAUGAUUUGUUUUAUUUUGCAACCUGAUCAUUAAACUGCUAAAUGUUUAUUCUUAUUUUGUCGUUUAACCUUUUAUUGUGUCAUUCCAUGUUGAGCUGUUCUGAACCUUCCUUUGUCAUUUAAUAAAAAUUCCUACAUAUUUAACACA